GCAGAAGCUCGUUGCCGGCUUCCUCCUGGUGCAAGCUGCGUGUGAGCCCCAGGUCCCCCAUCUUCCCCAGGGACGUCGAGGACACUUCGGCACAAAAACCCUGUGCUGCCCUCCACUGAGAGCCAGGCUGGAGACAGAUGCUGAGAACAGGAAGGCUGUGCGAGGAUUCCCCUGGCCUCGUCCUUGCUGCUAACCACUGCUGGUACCAGGUGCCCGGUCCUGGGAGCCGUGACCAUGGAGGCUCUCCCCAAGGCCCUGGAGGUCAACGAGAAGUCUCCAGAAUCCAAGGACCUGCUGCCCAGCCAGACCGCCAGCUCCCUGUGCAUCAGCUCCAGAAGUGAGUCUGUCUGGACCACCCCCACCCGGAGUAACUGGGAAAUCUACCGCAAGCCCAUCGUCAUCACGUCUGUGGGCGGGGCCAUUCUCCUCUUCGGUGUCGUCAUCACCUGCUUGGCCUACACCCUGAACCUGGGGGACAAGAGCCUCAAGGUCCUUAAGAUGAUAGGGCCUGCCUUCCUGUCUCUGGGACUCAUGAUGCUGGUAUGCGGGCUGGUGUGGGUGCCCAUCAUCAAAAAGAAACAGAAGCAGAGACAGAAGUCAGUUUUCUUCCAGAGCCUCAAGUCCUUCUUCCUGAAUCGCUGAUGACGGUCUCGCCCUCUGUCCUCCCCACCGCCCUGCCACCUCGACCAGGAGAAGACGUGAUGACCAACAUCCGACAUCCCCGGCCCCUUGAGAGGUGGAGUCUUCCAUAAAAC